AUGAACUCGCUCAUCGAAAUCUCAUCCACUCAAGGAGUUACUGCUCAAUUUAUACCUUUGGGAGCGACGUUGACGUCCCUUUUCGUAAAGGAUAGAGAUGGAAAUGAUGUGGACGUGGUGCUCGGAUACGACAAUAUCAAAGCGGAUAAUGCCUACAUGGGUCGAACAGUCGGUCGUGUCUGCAACCGAAUCCGAUUCGGACAGUUCACCUUUGACGGCAGAGAGUACCAGCUUCCAAUCAAUGACCAUCCUCAUCUUAUACACGGCGGACCUCAAGGAAUUAAAGAAUGGGAGGUUGUGCGCCAAACACCCACCUCAGUCACCUUUCGAAUAUGGGCCGAUGAAGCCAACGACGGGUUCCCCGGAGACGCAAAAAUAGACAUCACGUAUACAGUGAACGAUAGAAAUCAGCUCCUCAUAGAACACGGUGCAACAUGCACAGCACCGGGAGUGCUCAACCUCACCAAUCACUCGUACUGGAAUCUGGACGGCAGCGUGCGUUUCCAUCUUUUCUUAGCACAUGUUUUAGGCGAAGUUCUUGAUGUCAAAGGGUGUCGGUUUGACUUUACUGAAGAGAAGUCUCUGGAGAGUCUCGUGGAUGACAGGAGCAACAUCGAUAUUGACCAUGACCUUGUCCUAUCAGCUGAUCGAUCGCCAGGGCAUGCUUUGACGCUAUACUCUCCUACAUCUGGCAUUAAAAUGGGAGCAUCAACAUCAUAUCCAGUGAUCCAUCUUUAUGGUUCUCGUCAUCUUCAUUCUGUUGAGGGCAAAGGAGGAGAACACUAUCAAUCAGGAAAAGCUCUGGCCAUCGAACCUCAAUUUCAUACCGCGUUUCAGGACAAUUUUCCCAGUAUUCGCUUCGAUCCCGAACAACCCUACUUCCAGGAGGUGGUCUAUACUUUCUCAACGAUAUCACAUAAGAAAUAA